UCGUGUUUUUAAUUUUGCGGUGUCAUUGUAAUUUUGAGUCAAAUCCCUCGCAGUAAAGUGAAAAGUUUGACUCUCUAGCCGAUAAGAAGUAAACUGUUCGAUUGGUAACAGUUGUUUCCUAAGGCGAUAUGACAGCUUUGAGUCAGGCCAUUCAAAACAAACGUUGGAGACAAGCUCGAUUGCUAAUCGAAGCUGGCUCUGAUAUAAACUGGAAAGGCCAAGACAAGCGUUCCGCGAUCAUGGAGGUUUGUUUCCUAGACGACGAAGAGAAAGCACUCGGCUUGGCAAAGAUGCUUUUGAAAAACGGUGCCAAGCUUUGUUUUCAAGACGAACAAGGGCUUACCGCGUUAUCGUAUGCUUGUAUUUUGCAAAGAAAAAAACUAGUCGCUCUGUUUCUUCAGUGGGUAGACUAUAAUUUAAACGCCGUCGAUCGAAAUGGAAACACAGCACUCUUUCACACAAUAACUGUAGGAGAUGUUUCGAUUGUCAAGAUGAUUGUUAAGAAAUUAAAACAUUACGGUCUAAGUGUGGAUACACAAAACAGCAAGGGAGAAACGCCGCUAAUACACGCGCUAAAAUUAGGACAUACCCAGUGUGCAGAUAUUUUGAUUGAAGAAGGAAAGGCUUCGUUGGAAGUAUGCGACUUGGAAUACUUUAAAACCGCAGCACAAUGGAAAAUAGAAAUGCAGCGAAAUGGGAAACGGAUUAUUUCUCCUUUUUACACCGUCGAAAAUAAGGUGACAGAAAAAUCCAAGAAAAAGUUGCGCAAAACAGUGAGUGCAAAAGCUAUGAAAGUUUGUCUGCUGCCGGACAUUGUUGAAAAGAAAAAUACGAAGAAAGAUCGGCCUUUGACUGCGCCUGAUAGAAUUAAAAUUCCUGCCUUUUUUUCCCCUUGUACGCCAGUGCAGGAAGAUUUACUAAGACUGUAUGGAAUAUUCAAUCAACAAACCACGAGCUCUUAUCGCAAAGGGUAUAAAUUUGUCCCGAAACCGGUCAAACCUCUUCCGCCGUUAGCCGAAGAAGAAACGGAAGAAGGCAUUGAAGAAAACCCAGCCGAGCAGGGUAAAUCUAAAUUGAACUUCUCGCAGAUAAACGAGAUCAACGUGCGAAUCAAAGGUUUGCAAAAAGCCGUUAAAAACAGGAAGAAUUCUUCUUCACCACUGAGUAACACAAACACGGCAGGAUCGCCACUGAAUUCAGAAGGAAGUGUGAAAUCAGGAAAGAAAAACACUGCGAAGUUAUUACGUAAAGGAGAGAGUAUGGAAUCACUUGGAAUCGAGAUAUCUUUGGCGGCUGAAAAACACUAACGUUUUUACCAGGAAGAACACAGCUUCAGUCUUGAAUUAUUUCAAUGAUUCAUCAGCUUUCAAAGAAAAUAAAGGGUUGAUAAUAAAAUGGGACCACUGCGGACAAGAACAGCUCUAGCGCAAACUAUAUGUGAGAAUAACAGUGUGAGCUAACUUUACAUGUGUAAAUGUUUCAACUUUGACAGUUGGCUUCAAAUGUAAUUACAGUAGUAACAAACAAAUUUCAUUUCUCUCUUUUACACGCAACUGCAAAGAUCAGCUAAAGGUUACAUCUCCUUUGAUGCAAGGUAGAUGUCAAGGCUAUUAUUAUGGGGAUGCUUUGCUAAAAAUCAAUCAGAAAAGAAAUACACUGCUUACAAACUUGGGUGUCAAGAAACGCGCGACAAAUAUAAACUAUUUUAACAGUUUCAAUGAAGUUGGUUGCGAACAAACACAGUUCACCUGCACACAAAAAACCGAUGUUGUCAAAUUUGCAAAUAUAAUACAAGCCUCGUGAUUGGCCGACUUGUCAAGUUUGCAAAGAUAUUACAAGCCUUGUGAUUGGCCGACUGUGACAGUCCUAUGAUAAGACUUUUAUAAAUUUAUUAUUUUUAUUAAUAAAAAGAAGUUUCGUUACAAGACCAAGACAGUACCAAGGACAGGUCUUUUCGUCGCAUGAAGACAUCUAUCGAAGGGUUUUCGGUUUCUGUUGCAACAAGCAACUUAGAGCGGUAUGAGUUAUGAUUUGAUGUAGCGUUUGACUCUUCCGGUCCUCCUCCGAUUUUCGCGUACACUUUAAAGGAAUAAGCGUUGACUGCAAAGGACUUGUAACGGGGUUGGACAAACCGCAAAGGACUAUGGGUAAAACGUCGCG